UGCGAGGAAAAAAAUGAAAAAAAAAGUGCGAAAAUUUGUUCAAAAUACUUGACUGGACUGCCUCGAUUGAUACUCCGCUUCGAAUAUGUUAUUUGAAAUGUAAAAGCUGCCUCCCUUUUUCUUUUUCUUUCAUAUACUAUUAAAAAGUGAUGGAUCAACAAAAGGAAGCUCCUCAAUUAUUGUUAAGAAUCAAACGUAAAAGGACUGAAGAACCCUUGGAUGCUUUGCUGGUACAACAUCAAGACUUACCUGAUGUCAAGAAUGAUAAACGUUUACGAAAGAAUAGUUUGACAAACAAUUCAACUCUUAAAGUAUCUGCAAUGGCUUUACCUAGGAUCUUUCGUUUGGCUGAGACUGUAGAAGAAGAUAGUUUUAAGAAUAUCAAGGAAGCAAAGAAACUGAAGGAACGUAUUAGUCGACGUUCAUUCCUUGGAAAUCAACAAAAUGUAAACACUGAAGACAUUGAAGCAAAACGCGAUAAGAAAACACAAACUUUACAAAACAACGCAAAGCAAGCCAGAUACCGAGUGAUUAAUCAGAAUAGAUCAAAAUCAGACAAGAAUAUACCACCUGUUGUUCAAAGCUCAUCAGAAAAAGCAGCCGAAGAUUUAUUCCAAAUGUAUGAAGCUGUGAAAGAUGAAAAACGUGAACCUGGACCAAAAUUAUUCGUAGAUGAUGAAGAAGAAAACCCCGAUGAUAUUAUGUGCAAUUUUAUUCCAAUGGUGAAGGAAUACCUCACUUUGAAUGACAGGACGGAAGAAGAACCUGAAGAGGAUGAUUAUGUGUAUGAUGUGUAUUACUGUGAUAAAUCAACUGAUCUUACUGCUACUGGUAUUGCUGGACCUAACGUUGGCUCUCUGGUAUGGUUCGAUCAAGACACUGAAUACUUGAACGAUGACACUGACAGUGAAGUUGGGGAUAUUGAAGAUGAAGAUUCCAAUGCUGAAGAUUUUUAUCAAAAUGAUUACCCUGAUGAAGAAGAUAGUGAUGAAGAUUAUGAAGAACAAUAUGGAUAUGAAGAAUCCAGCGACAUUGAUUAUUACUAGUUUAUAUAUUACCCCUAUUAUAAUCCAUAUCAUCUUUUACUGUAUAAUUUUACAUAUUUUGCAUUUAAUAAAAAUAAAACUAUUUCAAUCCAAA